GUGAUUUUAGUGACAUUUUUUGCACCAAAACUUAACCUCAAACUCCUUUUUGAAUUUGUUAAAAUAUUUAAAAUGAUAGAAAACGAUCUAAAUACGGUAGUUUACCCACCAAAUAAAUCCCUUCAGCGGAAAAUCGAACUUUCAAAGACACCCGUCGUAUACGAACACUUACUUUUUCUAGAAUUUAACGAUAAAGACGAAUCAAUUCUUGGUUGUGCUAAUCUAAACGGGACACUUUGGGAAGGCACUUUAUUAUUUUUCUCCAAUGAAGAAAAUUUACUGCUUCUGAAACACAAUAGAAGCCUUGUUGGUUCUACAGUCUCUGAUGGGAAAUUUUUAAACGACAGUACUUUUGCUUUAGCCGAAGAUACUGGGCUUUUAAAUAUUCUUACAAUAUCACGUGAGAAUCAAACAAUACAGUCAGCAGGAUAUUAUAGAGAAGUUGAUCGCAUUCCAAAAAUCGCUGUUUGGAAAAACAGCUCACGGAUCCUCACCUGCUCAAAUAAAGCGGUAACCAUUUGGGACAUUAACAGCACUAUCAGAAAACCACUACAUCAUUUUCCCGAUUAUCACACAGAGCUUAUAAACUAUGUUGAUACACUCAGGUCAGAACCAAACGUCUUUGUAACAGCUUCAAUGGACCGGAAGUGUUGCAUUUGGGACGACCGCAAUCCGUGCCCUGCGUCAGUCUUGUAUAACAAUGAAUUUUGCUCUCUCACAAGCGUUGCUUGCAACCAACACAACACGAAUUACGUGGUUGUGGGAUCUGAAGGAGGCGAUAUUUACCUUUUAGAUAAACGCGAACCGAAAGACUUUAUUUCAGUUGCUAGUUGCAACUGUUACAUCUACAGAUUAGCUUUUGACGAUUCCAAUAAACUUGCAGUGUGUGGCGACAUUAAUAAAGUUUUAGUAUUCAAAUGCGAGGACGAAAUCUUAAACAGUGCUUAUUGCAACGAUAAACACUCCGGAAUCGUGCGAGGGUUAGCAUGGAAUAAAGAAACUUUAUAUUCCUGUGGUUUUGACAAACAAGUCGUCAAACAUUUAUUUUAAUAAGAACAUUAAAAACUUUUUCUUACAAUAA